CGAUCCCGACGGUCACCACGAGGCUCCUCGAGGCAACGAUGAGGUAGAAACUGGGAGAAACAACGAGAAACAACGAGAAACUGGUAAAUGGUCGCGACGCGUUAUUUCCAUUCAGUCAAAUCCAUUUAUUCUCCCAUUCUUUUACGAUCUUAUUCUCCUCUCUAAUGACCGACCUCUCGCUCUCAACUCUCUCCCUCAACUCCACCGGUUCAGAUUCCCAGAACGAAGACUGGGAUCGAUCCCUGGAAAUAACUGACGAGGAAACCACUCUGUCACCCCUUACGCGUACUACACCGCGCAAUUCUGUCGUAUUCCCUGCGGACGACACACCAGGAAGAAUGGUCAAGACAGGAGGAUGUGGGCACAGGAGGGAUGGGAGCGUCGACGGAAAGGGAAAGCGCACUUUAAGCGAGCUGAUGAAGAUGCACUCUGAGAGAGGCACCAAUUGUCAAUUCAGCGCAGAGGAGGCGUCAAGGGUGGCGGAUGUUCUUGGGCAAUGGAUAAACGCGUCUUCGUCGCCCUAUGAAAGCGAAGACGACUUUUUUUUCAACCUUCUCAUGGCGGAAAACCAACGGCCACAAGCCCCCGUUCUGAAUUCCCCCAGAGUCGACCUCGCACCAGUCAGCAAGGAUAGAAUACAGAAAAGGCACUCUCGAGUCUCUCAAUCCCCAAUGGCUACAGACAGGAACUACAAUGUUGACAAGAGGGUACAACUUAUAAGCCCGCCUCCAGAAGAAACUCUCAGGCGUGUUUCGCGCCAAACACCCUUUACGCCCUCACUCCUCGCCAACCCCCCGACCCCAGCUAAUUCCAAGCGAAAGCGCACCCAACCCGCUGUGGCAUCGUCUUCGCAAUUAUCCCCCACGGAAUCCCAUUUGGCCUAUAUUUCAGAAGAGCCGGCUCUGCCUGUAGAAGCCACCCCCAAUCCCAAACCCCGGAAGCAAGUUAGACAUCGCACGCAAUCCAUAGAUUCCCCAACUCGCCCUACGCGUGUAGAAAAUCAUGCUCGUGUGAGCACUACUCCAUCUAGGCCGGACCGUAUACUAGUCAAGUCACCCCAUCAUAAGAACCCAGAUGCCGACUACAUCCCUUCAGUGCCUGCUCUGGUAUUGUCUGCUGUUCCGAAGCGUAGAGCCGCCUUGGGAGCUCGCUCGAGGCGCAGUGCCACCCCUAUUCCCCCGUACGAACCACCCAAAGACGUCUUUACACCACCAAGGGAGGUCUUUCUCACACCUAAUGUGCCCAAGUCGGUGUCCAAGUCGUCGAAACGCAAAACUCCAGCCGCGUCUACCAAGGCAAAGGGUUUAAAGAUCCUCACUGCCCCUUCCAUCAUCAAACAAGAACUCCCGGACAUUGAUUUGACGGCGCCAAUGCCACCUGCGAGCCCUACAGACGAUCCUCUGCUGUUGUCGGGCCCGCCUGAACCCCGUUCUACACCUAUCCGCCGAUCCCCUCUGAAGAGGAUGCUUUCUCAUGGAGUGCAGGCUCAGCUUGACAACCUCCCUCCAUCUUCUCCCAUGGACGAUGAAGAGCAGGGUGGCGCGACGGAAGGAGUCAAUUACUUUGACUGGAAUCAUCACACCGAGCCUGAGGGUUCAACAGACUUUAGCAUGGAGCUGGACCCUGCCGAUGCAGAUGUUCCUCCCGUUCAACUCUUUGAUCUCAAUCCCCCGGACGAUGCGGGUGGAUGGAGCGACAGCGAUGACGAUGCCACAGGGGAAAAUGAGGACAAGAUGGAAGGCCACGGGGAAUAUACGGGCAAGUGGAGGAUGAUGAAAGUGAGGACCAAGGCAGACCCGCCGAGCAGCGCUACGAGAGGGAGAAUGGAGCAGUGGGGCAGGCCUAUCAGCCCGUUCCCUAAAGUUAAGAAGGUGAACUGGCUUGGUGGGGUUGUCGAGGAGGAGCAGCCGUCUCUUGCUGUUGAAGAAGCGCCUCAAGAGCAGCCAGAGGAGGAGGAACAGGAACUCCUGCCGGAACCUGAGCAAACGUCUUUUGAGCAGGAAGACGAAGAACGCCAGGAGGAAGAGGAGGUCAGGCGGAUGUCUGUCGAGCCGGACAUACGUGAUGAGUCUCUUGAAGAGCCACAGAAUGUCUCCUUGGACGUUGAUUCUUCGUUCGAAAGUCAUCCGGAGCAUAUCGAGGACCAAACCCCAGACACCUCUCAUUCUCAAGAAGAAGGGGCUUCAAUUGAGUCUCAGGAACGGUCGAUUGAGGAAGCUGAUGAAGAAGAGGAUGAAGAAGAACGUGAAGUUCGCCAAAUGUCGGUUGAGCAUGAUCCUGAAGAGGAAGAGAAUCAGAACGACUUGUCUGCUGCUUCUAUUUCCCAGGAGCAAGCUCAAGAAGCCCUCCCGUCUGUUCCCUCUUCUUUGGAGGGUGCCCUGCCUCUUCGCCAUGCUUCACCAGCCGAUGGCCCUCGAAACGAAAUUCUUGGCGUCGACUCGUCCAUUCCUUUCCCAUCUUUGGCUCCAUUUGAAGCAGGCUUGACAAUUCACCAACCACAACCGGACGAAAAUCUUGCGGCGGCACUACGAGACGAUGACACUUUUAUGCAUGAUGUUGAGCCUUCUCCUGAACAACAAGUUGCAUAUUCAGACGACGAGGACAGCGAAGACGAUAGUAGCGAUGGAGACGCUGUUGGCGUCGUUAAAAUUUCAAGCACGGAUCCACGCGCAGCUGCUAGGGCAGCUGCGAUUCUCAAACAGCAUGACUAUGAUUGCUAUACAAAGAUUACGAUGAAGAGACGUCACUCUGAAAUGAAACGGAGACGCGACUCGCAUUCUGCUGUCGAUGAGCUGGCCAAGGAGACACGGCGGCGUGGUGUCUCUGCUGCUGGUGUCGGCAAAGAGUCCCGAGAGAAGAAGAGAAGAAGGUCGACGCUUGGAAUGGGUGUUCUUGGGGAUAUGGUUUUCAUUCCUGGGAGCCCUGCGACCACACUUCCUAAGCUUUUGGCAGAGGCAGAGGCAGAGGUGGUGCGAAUGUCGCCAGUCAAAGGGUCUCUGGUUAGGGAGGGCUUUGAUGGUGUUGGCCACAGAGAUCCUUUCAAGACACCCCUUCCACGUCGGGUUGAGUACUUGAAGAAAGUAUCAAUUGGUUCGAGGAAGCAAGUUGAUGAGCACAGCAACAAUGAUGAAGAAUCUCGAGAACGGAUCUGGACAAAGGAGGAUUGGAAGCAGCUGGAUGGUUGCUUUACUGAUGAAAGACUUGCCAUCGGUCACCGGCUUUCUGCAGAAUUUACUCAAGACGGACUGGCACCUGUUGAUAUGGUUCAAGUUUCUGACGUUGUUGAGAGGUUUUUUAUUCUUAUGGGAGGCCUUGAGGCUGUUGAGACGUUUGGAGGUGCAUGGGAAAGCACCAUUCGCAGGGAUUGUCUUACGCAGCGUGUUCACGCAUUACAGAAUAAGCAACGUUCUGGUAAGGUUGCCCUGCCAACAACGCCCCAUGUGCCCAAUACCUCGGGCUUCAACGCACUGGAAGGUGGUACCCGGAUACCGUUCAUGGAAGUUCCUGAUUUCACCCCUCUUGGCCGACGGGCGCCUCCGCCGAGGACACUUCGUCCUGCGUUCCCAUCGCCUGUAGUAGAAGGUGCUCCAUUCGCAAAUGUAGCCCAUGAGAAGGAAAGGAAAAGGAAGGUUCCUGCUUCGCUGUUGGCUCCCAGGUAUUCUCAUUUGCUCGAAGAAGCUAUUGCUAUCAGCCAGGAUCUCCCUCUGUUGACGUCGACUUCGCGUGUGGAGGAAAAUAUUCUUGAAGGCGAAGCUGCUGACCAGUCAUACGAAGAGGAACAUAUUAUGGAGUCAUUUGAAGAAGAGCAUACCGCAGAUGCCUACGAGGAGGAAAACACACAAGAGUCGUUCGAACAACCCCAAACACCAGCGACCAUUGGUAACCGGGUCAAAGGUUUCUUCUUUUCCUAUUUGCCGACCUUGUCGAAAACGGCUCCUCCAGUUCACAAACGCCACGUUCCUCGACAACCUGGUUUACCUCUCCCCCCUCUGGAGGUUCUUGAGAAGUCUCGUGGUCCCAUCACAACACCUGUUCGUCCCCCGCUUCCGAAAGUUAGACACCCGAAGGAAAUGGUUCAUCUUCACCCCGCGCCCCAGCCUCAGCCCAAAUCCUCUUUGAUCCCUCGCGCUAGAAAACCCCAGCGACUCGUGGAUCUGCAUCCUUUACCCCCACCGCCGCCUCCGCCUGAGCCGAUACCCAGGCCCAGGAGGAGUAGUGGGGGAAGCGUGAAGGAUUUGGUGCGCGGCUUUGAGGAUUUGAAGAAGAAUAACGCUAAACCGGUGGAGUUGAAGAGAGUACGAAGUAUUGGGGAGAUGAAUCGUGGACAGGCGAGCAGUAGACCUGCUUGGAAGCCGUAA